AUGAACAUUCGAGGGGCGGCUGGUGGGGGUGGCAGCGGCGACAGUUCCGGUUCACCUUCCGAUGCCGGAUACUCGGCCGCCUUGGUAGACGUUGGACGGAAAAUGUUGGCAAUGGAUGGACUGCGGCUGCGGCCGAUCAGGACCACAGGGCCGUCGCCGGUCGCGCACAACGGACGCUACUGGACGCCGGACAGACGUAGGGAGAACGCGGAAACGGUCAGGUACAUCCGGUGUCUGGUGCAGACUUGUGAGGCCAUCAAGCCGUGGACCGCGACUGGUUACCAAACGUCUUCGGCACCGCAGACCCGAACCAAGGUAACGAUGGACCAGUUGCCGAGGAUAAUGCAAAAGGUACUCGGAAACAAGAUCCGGAGCAACAGGGACCACAAGUUCGUCAACUACUGGACGCCCAGCGAUUUUGUCAAAAACUGUUUGUUUUGGCACAACUUCUACAGGCAUUUUCAUAGGUCGACAGAGUUGGUAUUGAGUCCACACUUAUGCGAAGAAGCGCAGAAUUGGGCUAAUCAUUUGGCUCACACGGAGACGUUCGCUUAUCAGAACAAAAUCAAUUACGGACAAAAUCUGUUUUGCAGAAAACCGACGAACACCGAAAUCGAAGGAAAGGACGUGGUCCGAGAAUGGUAUUCGUCUUCGAGAGUUUACAAGCCGAGAAAAAAUCCGAAAAUGUACUCGGCCAACAUAAAUUCGGGUCCUUUCACGCAGCUCGUGUGGGCGAACACAAAAGAGUUGGGCGUCGGAAAAGCGUGCAGCCGGUCUGGUCGGAUAAUCGUCGUGGCCAAUUACCUGCCGAAAGGAAACGUCAACGGACAGUACGCCAAUAACGUGCACAUGAACCAAUACUUUUUGCCGGCCAAUAAGAAGAAAUUAGAAUUCAUCACCAGACAGGGAGAAUAG